AUGGGAGAUGUUAAGAAUUACGUUGAUGUCUUAGUUUACGGUUCGGCUAUUGUCGAUUUUAUUUGCUAUGUAGAUCGCUUGCCCAAAGCCGGAGAAACAAUACGUGGUCAUAAAUUUGAAAAUGGAUUCGGUGGCAAAGGAGCUAAUCAGUGUGUUGCUGCUGCUCGGCUGGGUUCGAAAUGUGCACUAAUUGCCAAAGUGGGUACAGAUACAUGGGGUGAAAAAUACCUGGAGAACUUGCAAAAGGAAGGCGUGAAUACACGUCACGUGAAAAUGUGCGUGGGACAAAGUACUGGAAUUGCCCAAAUUGCUGUAUCAAAUGACGGCGAAAAUAACAUCAUUAUUGUAACGGGGGCAAAUGAUUGCCUUGAGGCAAGUGAUGUAAAGGAAGCCGAAUAUUUGUUUGAUUCAGCCAAAGUGUUAUUGUGCCAGUUGGAGACAUCUGCUGUGGGCACUCUAGAAGCUCUUAAAAGAUUUAAAGGAACAUCUGUACUUAAUGCUGCUCCUGCCAUGGCAAACACACCCAAGGAAUUACUGCAAGCGGCCACGAUUUUAUGUGUCAAUGAAACUGAAGCGGCUUUAAUGACCCAAGCUGAGGACAUAAAAACACUAGAACAGGCAAAGCUAGCUGCCAUGAAACUAAUGGAAAUGGGAGCAUCUACUGUAAUUAUAACACUGGGAUCUCAGGGCGCAGUUUACUGCGAAAAAUCUGAUCCAGAGAAAUUCUAUCAUGUUCCAGGACAAAAGGUGGACAAAGUUGUGGAUACCACAGGUGCAGGUGAUGCUUUUCUAGGAGCCUUAGCCUAUCAUAUGGCCAAAUACCCGGGAAAACCAUUGCACCAACACAUUGGAUAUGCCAACUUACAGGCAUCCUACUCGGUUCAGUUCCCCGGCACCCAAUCAAGCUUUCCAAAUGCCCAAAGUGCCUUGCCGACAUGUCCAGAAUUUCCCUAUCAAAGCAUUUAA